UGAGUUUGUACACUUCCACUUCCUCUGUCGUUUCUGUUUUUGGUUUGAGAGUGCAGCUGGUCUGCCUGAAGCGUGGCCCUAUCUAGGAACUGAUACUGGGACUCUGGAGACAAGAAUGCGACUUUUCAGAUCGAUCACUGGAAACUCUGGAUCGUUUGGAGGAUGGACGAAGUCGAAGAGCCGAGGUGGUGUUAGGACGAAACAGCCAGAUGUUGUUGUUCGAGCGAUACAGGAUGAUGGCCGAGAAGAGCACUCAGGAUCUUGGACACCGCCGACUUUCAAGGUCUGGUACCUGGCUACUCUCAUCGUCUUGACAUGGAUCCUCAUAGCUGUCAUUGCCUGGCUUUUGGUCGUAAGCAACAGAGAGCAAGGCAUCAUUUUCGCAGCCAAUAUCAACGAGCUUCCGCUCAGCAAGUCAUUCACCUAUCUCUACCUUCCUACCAUUAUUUCGGUUUUCUAUGGCUUUCUUUGGACCUGGCUGGACCUGGACAUCAAACGGCUCGAGCCAUACUUCCAAAUGUCGAAAGACGGUGGCGCCUCUGGUGACAACUCAAUCAACUUGGCAUAUCCGUUGCAGUUCCUACUUACCAUACCUUUCUCGGCACUGAAGCGAAGUCAAUGGAACGUAUUUGUGGGCUCUUUGGUAAUAAUUGCGGUGAUUUGGGGUCUCACUCCCAUACAAUCUGGUAUUUUCGCAGUCAGGACGAUCACUAUGCACGAGUCUGUUCCGGGCGUAUAUUCCACCGCGUACAUCCCAUUGAGUCAGCAAGGCAACACCUCGUCGAUAUACGCUCAAUCGGUCUACAAUAUAGCUUGGCUCAAUGAGACCUUGCCGCCCUUCAUGACGAAGGACUACGUACUCAGCCCGUUCAAGGCGAUCAGCGGAUCUAAACACGAAGGCGUCAACACUACGUUCACCGGGCUUACCACAGCCUACAGCGUGGAUCUUUCGUGCGAGGAAGCGACAUUCUGGAAUAAUUCGGGUGGGUAUUACUACAACAGUACGGGAGGCUGUAGCAUGCAGGCUCCAACUUUUCGGCCAUUCGGCGGUAACGACACGAACAGACCUUUCGACACAUUAUAUGCUGGUUAUCAGAAUCGUGAAGGUUUCGCACAGUAUUAUCUCGAAGGGUAUUGUGAUGAAAGAUUCUUCCACCUCUUCUUCGUGCGUUGGUCCAAGGUGACACAGGCGUACAUCCAGACGCCCAUGAACACGGGCAGUAUGGAACCUUUUCAAGCUGAAAAUGAUACUUCGCUGUUCUGCCAGGCUUCCUAUUAUCAACAACAGGUCAAUGCCACGAUCAGCGUGCCGUCAAAUGCUGUAAUCGAGGCCAACCCAAUCGGCGUGAAGCUUCCUCUGCCAGCCGAUCUCUUCAACAUCAGCUCUUUCGAGUGGGCCAUGAACUCAGGCCAGGAGCAGGUAGCCACUCGAGGUGAAUGGCCAACUACUUCCUUCCCCGACCAGAAGUCGCAGUUGCUUGACAUGCCGAUCAAUCUGGACUGGCUACCAAGAAUGGCACCAUUCGCGAUCGCUACGAACAAACUUUCUGCUGAAGAGUAUCUGGAUCCUGAGAAUCUUCGGCAAUCAUAUGAGUCUGCUUAUCGUUUGCUCUUUUCGAGACAAGUAGUCGAUCUCCUCAAGGUGGAAAUCAACGAGACCACGCAGACUCACGGCGCCUACAAAUAUGUCACCCAGGCUGUAAUCGUCGUUCCUGGGUUUGCAUACGCUGCUCUGGCGGUCCUUGGUCUGGUCAUGCUCCUCGCCGUCUGGUUUACUCUUAGCGGCCCCAGAAGGGCGAACAAGUUACGUUACGAUCCUGCAACGAUCGGUGCUUUGAUGGAUCUUACGGCAGGAGAUUCGAGUACAGCAGCAACAUUCGCUUCGCACGACCGUAACGACGAAGACCAUCUCAAAGAGGCAUUGUCAAAAAGGACUUUCGUUUUGGACGAUACGGUAGCGAGUCAUAGCGAUGCGCAUGUCCGCUUGCAUGAAGUCAACGUUGAGCCAAGCCCAAUGGCAAUAGAAAGACCGAGCUCUGAAAAUUAUGGUAUUCGACCUCUCGAGAUGAAAGCGUACAUCGGGGCGAUAUUCUUGACACUACAGUGUGCGGCAGUCGUGAAUUUCGCAGUCCUGUUCGCGAAAGCAAGGAAGACUCAUGGCCUGGCACUACCAUCGACAUCGACUUUUGUUCGACAGCUACUCGAGAAUUACGUUCCAAUCGCUCUUGCGACAUUGAUCGAGCCUUUCUGGCUAAUUCUGAAUCGACUCGUUGGCCUACUGCAGCCUUUCGAGGAGAUGCGCAAAGGCAGCGCUACAGCUCAGAGGUCUAUCGACUUGGACUACUCCUCCCUGCCGCCUCAAUUCUUGUUUAUGAGGGCAAUCAAAGCGCGCCACUUCACCAAGGCAGCAGUCUGCUUCAUGGUGUUGCUUGCUAAUGUGCUUUCUGUUGCCCUCAGCGGAUUGAUGUACGAAGGAACCAACUUGAUAACUCAUACGUCCGGCAUGAUAAUGCCCUACCUCCCUUCCUUAGUGGAGCUUCGGGGCACAGGGCCGCCUUUCAACGGCGCUCUCAGGGAGAACUCAGAUGGAAGUGGGACUGUGGAGCCUUUCUAUCGAGCUAUGUCCAACGUGACUGCGGACACACCGUUGCCGCCCUGGGCUGGUGAAAACAUUGCAUACUGGCCAAUGGACACGGCUGCGCUGAGUCCAAGCGCUCACCUGGAGAUCAACACUUCUGCGUUGGCUGCUGAACUUGUUUGCUACCCUCUAGGCGCCAAAAAUUAUGUGCUUGACUUCGCGGAAGACGCGUCCUCUGUCAAUUUCAACAUGCCACUCCAAUAUAGCUCGAGCGAGAUCGUCACUUGCAGCAACUUCAAGUCUUGGACUCGGGCUUUUGGUGUCUCAGGCCUCAAUUCGACAUCCAACCCGGAGCCAGGUCGGCAGGCACUGGAGAUGAGUGCCAUGCUGUCCACUCGUAGCGUUUAUGCAUCUGAACUCGACGUCGGACAAGAUACCACAGAUGCCUCGGAUGCUCGUGACCUCUUCUGUCGACAGCACAUCGUGUCCGGAUGGCUGAGAGCCGAUUGGCGAGCGAAAACCAGCAGACGCAACAGCAGGGGCAAUUAUGACUUCCAAGCAGACUCUCUCAACUCGACAUUCAUCAUUUGUAGACCCACGAUCUUGACUGGCAAUGCGAGUGCAAUCUUCGACGCGGCCGGGCGAGUGACGAAAGAACUCUCCGCCGACUUGAUUACACCAAACCAGACAUUAUUCUCCGACCUCAUCGCUCAGACAAACCGCUUCUUGGUCGACAGCGGCGCGACAUGGCACAACGAUUCUUUCCCAUCAGACUACAACAACUAUCUUAUCGAACAAGCACGUUCGGCUACCACCAAGACCUUACUCAAUCCCGAAGCCCCUCCUCCGGAGGCCACUGACGCCGCCGAACAAUAUGCACGAGUGUACAACCGCCUCUUCCCCAUUCUCGUCUCCACGAAUCACCAGUAUCUCUUCCAGCACAAUGAAGCCGGAACGUCGAUCCAGGCCACAAUAAUAACUCCCGAAACCCGCAUUCUAUUCUCAACACCCGCGUUCGUCGUUGUAGAGGCCAUCUUCGGCCUGUACAUCCUCACCACUAUCAUCUUCUACGCUCGACGUCCUUGGAGAAUCUUACCAAGGUUGCCCAGCACAAUUGCGAGCCAGAUUGCAUUUUUCGCGGGAAGUCAGUCGCUCAGAGAUAUGGCUGAAUGGCGAGGUGACAGACGCCAGGGCAGGAAGGCAUGGAGAUGGGGAUUUGGAGAAUAUGUGGCAGUGGAUGGCAGUGUACGAUUGGGGAUCGAGAGAGAACCUUUGGUCAAACGAAUGUAUUCUGGGAAUGACGGACGCUAUAGUGAAGAGCCUCCGCCUUACGAGGAAGAUGGUGUGAAUUACAGAUGAGGAGGUUUGAAAGCGUUUAGCAAUUAAGAGCACAUGUCAUAUGGCCGCAUGGCUCUUCUCCACAAUGCAUGAUAGCGGUCCACACGGAUGGGGAGUGGAUACUGGGAGGAACAGCAACAAGGUUCGAAACAGACGUCGAUCUUCGUUCGUCUAAGCCUGCUGCCCAGCAUGUCUCUUUCUUUAGAGGUAGGGCACCUUACGAACUGUGAUUUGUCAGUACCAACG